AUGUGUUUGGCGAUCACGUCCAAUAAGCCGAUAUUCCAACACACAUCAUCUACACCUCAGAUCCAGGAUCUGAAUUUCUCCUGGACCAUGGCACAUGUUUGUCAUCAAUGGCGGCAGGCGGCGCUGGGUUGUCCGUUUCUCUGGUGUACGAUCGACUCAUCGAUGCUCCCUGCUGCAAUAUCAUCGAUGCUGCAGAUGUCGGGAAUGUGCCUAUUGAACCUACAAGUCACGAAUUCUUCGAAGACAUUCGCUCGUCUUUUGCAAGAACAUAGCUCCCGAAUCCGGACUUUGCGAUAUAUUGUAGCCAACGUGGACGACUUAUCCGCCUUCAAUUCCCUAUGCAACUGCACAAAGCAGUUACAAGAUCUGCGAUUGGAACUCAAAUAUUUCAACAGGGAUAGAUUGUUCUCACCCGACCUCGAUACCUCUUCUCUUACCAGGCUCACCAUGAUUAGCGUUCCUCGGAUGCCAGAAAAUCACUUCACCGCUCUUCGAUUCCUACACCUCGCCGAGUGCUCGUUGCCGUCCUUGUUGGAUCUUCACCAUUUCCUAACAGGCGCCCCCAAUCUCGAAGAGCUUUUCCUUGACAACAUUUUCUUCGAAGAUUCGCGUCACCGGUCUACCCGAAGGACGCAGCCCGUCCCGUUGCAUUCCGUAUGCAGAAUCAGUAUGCGUUCAGUGUCGGCAGAAGACAUAGCCGACUUUCUAUCUCCAUUGACAUCGCCUCCAAAGAUAGUAUUUCUGUUGUCGCCUUACGUGGGUACUGGGGAAAACAUGCUAAGGCUCCCUAUGCUUGACUCCGCAAGGUCGCUGUGGACAGAUGGGCGCCGCAUUGUCGCAGCUGGAGCACCUUCUACUUUUGUCUUCAAGCAUGACAACCCCUCAUCCAACGGUAUAUGGAAUAUAUUACAGCCCUCGCUGUGCGCCAUCACAGAGCUUUGUGCCGACGGUGAAUCCUCAGAUCUCCCAUUUGACAACAUCAUUCCAUUUUUGCCCAGCCUCGAGAGACUUGCCUGCGGGAGUACCUCUCUGAAUCACAUCUGCGCAUUCCUCAUCAGGAAAUCGAACUUCUCCGUGAAUGCGUAUUUACCUCCGACCACACACUGCCCCUCUCUCAAAGCCAUUCACUGCGCUGCCCACAGCAACGAGCGAUCUAUCGACGUCGCUCUCCUGGUCGGUCUCCUAGACCUAUAUAUUCGGUGUGGCCACCGAAUCCAGCACCUCGUCAUGGAGGGUCUGUCUCCCCAAGACCGGACGGACUUUGAGGGGCCGCUUGCUGCCCGGGUCGACAAGCUCGAGAUGCCCUCAAUCACGACUUCAUGGAAGACGAGACUGCCUGCAGCUUGCAGUGACGCUCCGAGCGAACUCUGGGAGUAG